CUUUUUUCUAAGUCUCCUUUAACACCCUUUUCUUUCUACGAUUAUAGCCGGCCGGUUUGGCUUCGAUCGGCUUUUAUUGUAUAUUUGUUUUUGCAUACGUCAGGCACCAUCCUCGCAGGCUUCUUUUCGAUCUUCUACAACUACCAUUGGGGCAGGAAUGAGCCA